CAGGUGUCACUCUGUAGACACUUGGGCGGCCUGUGCUCCUGCACCUCAGCAUGCACACCCAUCUCCCAGCAGCUCACACAGACACGGGUGCUGACUCUGCAGGGUCAGGACAGGGCGUGCGGACCUUGAACCCCUGUGAGGAGCUGGUCUUCAGCCCCUUCAGCCUCACCCUAGUGCUGACCAGGGAGUACUGUUUGUGCCUUUUCUGGGCAGGAAAACAGAGGCUCUGUGAGCUCCCUCAGCUCGUCUGAAGGUGCCCAUUGUGCAGUGCAGCCCACAGGACCUGCAACUGUGACAGUGGGUAGGGGGAGGUUGGCACAGCCCCCAACCAGGUGCGCCCUGAGCUCCAAUCAUCCAGGAUUCCAUUCAGAGCCUCCUGUGAUCAGCUGAUCUCUAGCCUGGAGCUUGCAAGCUGGCUUGCAUCUUGAUGGUUUACCUCACAGGAAACCAGAUGCUAUUGGCUAACUUUGCAGUAAAGAUCCCCUCAGAAGGAAGGAAAGGGAAACGCUUGCCACUGGUGGAGUCUGCGUGGGACAGCGUGGCUGAGGCACAUCCUGAGGUUCCCUUCCUGUCUGGCCCAGGCCUUUCAUUCAUUCAUUCCUUCAACAUACCAAGCCCCUUCGGAGCUCUCAGUUUAAGGACCCCUUGGCUUAUGACUGCAAAGGAUAUCUGUGUUCCCCGGCUGCUCACGUCCAGGUGAAUCAACCACUGGAGUCCAGGCCCGCACCAUGCCCACCUCCUACCCUGAAUCCAACACAGAGCACUUUGAGUAUGAUGAGUCUGCGGAAGCCUGUAAAAUAGAGGACAUCGUAGCCUUUGGGACCACCUUCUUGUCCAUAUUUUAUUCCCUCGUCUUUGCCUUUGGCCUUGUGGGAAAUCUGUUGGUAGUGCUCGCCCUCACCAGGAGCCAGAAGGCCAAGAGCAUCACCGACAUUUACCUCCUGAACCUGGCCCUGUCUGACCUGCUCUUCGUGGCCACACUGCCCUUCUGGACUCACUAUUUGAUCAACGAGGAAGGCCUCCACCAUGCGGUGUGCAAACUCACGACCGCCCUCUUCUUCAUCGGCUUCUUUGGGGGUAUAUUCUUCAUCACCAUUAUCAGCAUUGACAGGUACCUGGCCAUCGUCUCGGCGGCCAACUCCAUGAACAACCGAACCGUGCAGCACGGCGUCACCGUCAGCCUCGGCGUCUGGGCAGCAGCCAUCCUGGUGUCAGCGCCCCAGUUCAUGUUCACGAAGCAGAAAGAAAAAGAAUGCCUGGGUGACUACCCCGAGGUCCUUCAGGAAAUCUGGCCUGUGCUUCGCAAUGUGGAAGCAAAUAUCCUUGGCUUCCUGCUGCCCCUGCUCAUCAUGAGUUUCUGCUACUUCAGAAUCAUCCAGACACUGUUUUCCUGCAAGAACCACAAGAGAUCUAGAGCCAUCAAACUCAUCUUACUGGUGGUCAUCGUGUUCUUCCUCUUCUGGACACCCUACAAUGUUAUGAUUUUCCUGGAGACUCUCAAACUCUAUGACUUCUUCCCCGGCUGUGACUCGAAGAGGAAUCUGAAGUUGGCCCUCAAUGUGACUGAGACUUUGGCCUUUAGCCACUGUUGCCUCAACCCCCUCAUCUACGCAUUUGCCGGAGAGAGGUUCAGAAGAUACCUUUACCACCUGUACCGGAAGUGUGCGGCAGUCCUGUGCGGUCGCUCUGUCCAUGUCAGUUUCUCCAGGUCAGAGUCACAAAAGAGCAGGCAGGGGAGCAUCCUGAGCAGCAAUUUCACUCACUCCACGAGCGAUGGAAAUACGUCCAUGCUUCUCUGAAGCAAUCCCCAAAGCCUGUCUCCAUGAGAAUGCAGAGUUCCUGAAGCUGCCACCAAGUAAAGGCAAUCUAUCUUUGUUGUUGUUUUAUACAUGGAAGAAAUAUGGACUUAAUACUAACAAAACAGCCAGAGUCUUUUCAAGAAUUGUGCUUAAAAUUUGAAUGAUAAAGAACACGCAUGUCUCUUCUGGAAAGUUAAGGCUUUUUCUCCUAAAGAUGAUGAAAAUUCAACCCAGACAACCUUAGUUUUAAAAAGGGGUGGUUAAAAAAGAGGGUGGUGAAUAUUGUUCACAUUUUGACUUGGGCGAGGGGAUGGCCAAGCCCUCAGAAUCAGUGGAAACCAGAACCUGACUAACUAGUUUCCUCUCACUGAUCCUCAAAUCUCUGAGUAGUGACAGAUCUUCCAGGCUCACACAACACAGAUUUAUCACCAGAGGCGGACCAAAACCCGUUCCUUUCUGGUCCCAAGGUCAAAAUUCCCAGGGAAGGAUUCCAAAUGUUAAAUUGGUAUCAGGGGCCCACUUUUGGACCAGGAGGUGGUACCCUCAAAGAAGGGCAUAGCAAACAGAAGCUUCUACACCAACCUCAUGAUUAGAAGUUGAGGAAGACGUAACUCCAAGUAGUGAUAGGGGUGAGAGCUGUCCUGAAAGGAAAGAAUAACAGCCACACACUGCUCUUGCCAUGUACCUGAGCCGGUGCCUCCCCUGACCAUUUGAGCCAGUACCCACUGCCAACUUGCAGUUCUUUAAACCCCUUUCUUUCCCAACCUGCAAGGGCUCCCGCUGCUUGCUGCACCAAGUCCCUACUCAGAUGCUUUUCCUCUGAGGCUCUCUGCCACGCCAUCUGACCCACAGACUCCAAAGGAAUUCCUUUGGAGGAGAGUCCUCCCCAAGGAUCCCACCUUCCUAUUUAGCCUGGUCUCUUCCACAAGACCACAUACACUUCCUCCCACCUUUUCUCAGGCCCAGGGGAGAAACAGAAAGAACUCUGCCCAAAGUAAAAGGAUGGCUCCCACUUCCAGGUCUGAUAUUUGCCUACUGGGUAGGUUGAGGCCAACAGAGCUUCUGUUUCCUCAUCUGUGGACAGGGAAUAAUGGUACUUUUCAAUAGGGAACAGCCUUUCCAUCAGAAAAAAACAGCCACUCUUACAGGUCCUAACCCUCGAGUCUGGCUUCCUGACUUCAGCUUUUUCAUACCUGAUGGUGUUGCACUCUGGCCCGAGUGUGAUGGUACAGGAGGAGCUGGCAGGACACAGCCCAGAUACGGAGGUCACUGGCUCCUGCCGCGGUACUCGAGGAGCAGUAGGUCAAAAGAUCGAUCAGCUUUCCUCACUCCAGCCUCUCACUCUGUCCUGGGUGUUCCCUCCCAGUCACCCAUCUGGACAAGGUCUCCGUUACACCUGCCACAGCCACCGUGGAGAGCCAGGCAAGGAGAGCAGCCUUCUUUUCUCAGGCAGCACUGGGGGUGGUCUAUGACUUCAGAGCUCAGGAAACAGAUGUAACCGUGCUACAGAAAGUGCCAACUAUGGUCUAAUCACACAGACAGUUUAACUCCUGCAUUUAACCAGCAUGUGUUCAGAGUUCCAACCUUAAUGAUGUACAAUUUUAUAACCUGCUUUUUCCAGCAUUAGGUUCCCAAUAGCUCUCUUGGGUAACGGUCUUUAGAAGACUCCGCCAGGUGUACACUCACCGGGGAGGACAUGGCAUCUUCUUGCUGCUGCACACCUGGCCCUCUCAGCAGGUGGUAGGGUCGAUGAAUGAGAUCGAAUCAUGUUCCUUCCAGAUCGUGUACCAUAAUUUCCUCACUAUCACUCUGCUGAUAAACAAUUAACCUGUUGCCAAUAUUAGCAAAUACACACUUUACAUCACUUUCAUCUGUGUAAUUUUCCUCCUUGUUCAGUUAUCUCCAUCUGGAGAAGUUCCUUCCCCUGGGGGAUAACUGGGCCAAAGAGCAUGGGAACUUUUUAGUUCUUGGUUCAUGCGUGUGAGGUUAGUUUAUCAUGAAGCCCGUAUGCACAUAUUACAUGCGAUGUGUAGGCUCAGGUCCAGCGCUGUUCCAGAGGCAAUGAGAUCAUGCCUCUGCCCUCAAUGGUAUUAACAUUUAAAUGAAAAGUGAAUAAAUGUGAGGUGUGAUUGAGAAGUAUGAAUGUUGACUUUUUAAAAAUGAUUACAGUCAUGGCAUAUUGCCAUAGUCCUCUUCAAAAUACGCUCCCUCACUUAAACAUAGUAUCCCAUCAUCCUUGCUACUCGUGAAGCAGUCCCAGCAGUUUCCUCUUGUGAGUGUCUUUAGUUGUGCCGCUGUGUGGCUGCCUUGAUGUCCUAAAUUGAUUCAAAAUAUUUAGCCCUACCUAUGAUGGUCAUUUUGACUUUGGGGAAGAGCCAGAUCCUGCGAAGGACGCACUGCGAUGUUGUUACCAGCCUGCCUCUCCGUCGGAUGGCACCCGGCAGCAGCAGUCACCAUAUUUUUGUUCGCACCCCAUAGAUAGACUCAGGAAAGAGGACUUCCGGAAGGGCUUCAGAGAGUAGCGAGGAUGGUGAGACAAGCCAGGGCGAGCACGCCGAGGCGGGAUUUGUGGCAGUGUGUCUUUUUCUGUAAUAUGUUUUAACUGUAACCGUUCACCGUAGAUUUUGAUCACGCCCCAUCAGCGUGGUUUGCAUUCCGUGCUAGCACAGAAGCAGUGACAUCUGGCCUGAGCCUUGAGAGAGGAGGGGUUUUACAGGCCGAGAGGGUGGUGUCGUCCAGGCGGAGGGAAUCCUAGGUGUAAGUGAAGGAUUUCAUGAGGUGAACAAUCACCACGCGGAUAUUGAAAGAUACUGGGAGCAGAGUGGGGCACGGGAUCUUGUGGCACUGGCUUGUUAGCUAUGGGGGGCUCAAACAACCAGUGGAGGGGUGUGCUUCCCCUCCGUGUCCACAGGACGCUUCGUGAUGACCUGACCUUCCUUCCAACUGCUGAGACUUUGGAUUGAAGUUUAAUCUAUUUUCCGACUCCCCAGGAGAGAGGAAAUAAUUAUUUUUUCUUGAGAAAUGAAAGAAAGGAAACAAAUACUUCUUCCAUAAGUACAUUCAGCUUACCUCCUGGGACUCCUACAUUCUCCCAUUCAUCUUACUAAACAGGAAAAACCCAAACAGUGAGGAUGUUGGUGCCUAAACGGAGGCAGGUGCAUUUGAAAAGCCUCUGGGCUUUCCCCAAGCAGAGGGACACAGUGGACUAGAGGGGCCACAGCGAGCCCUAACACAGUCACUGCAUGAUGGGUUACUCAGCACCUCCUAGGCUUGUUUCCUUAUCAGGAAAACAGGGACAAAAGCCACUUCCUAAGGAAAAGAGGAUUUAGGAGCCCACUUCCACCAAGCUUGGGACGGCCAAGCGAGCCAAUGAAUAAUAAAUGGUAGUGAUUGCUUCUGUCCUUUUUGUCAUCAGCUUUUCUCAGCAAGGAAACUCAAACUACCUUGUCUUUACUUUUCUUUGCCCCCAAAUCACAGACUUUUCUGUGGGCAGGGAUAAUUGCAUCUAAACACAAAGUUUGUAGCUAAGGGCAAAAGCCAGUUAGGGCCACAGCCUGGCCAUGAUCUCACAGUGAAUUAUUGGAAAAGGCAAAUGUUGGAUUUCCAGGGUGCCACCUCCUUCCUCUCACAGGCCGUUUUGGCUUGUAGGUGCUAAGAGCACAGGUUGGUGGCAGGGAAGUCCAGGAGAGAUGACCUGCAGCUCCUUUACACGCACAAGUGUGACCUGUAUGACACAGCCUUUGGCACCUCUGAUGGCACAUGGUGUCCACAGAUGGAGAAUCAGCAGCAGUGGGUACAGGAUCCCCAGAGGUCACUGCCUCCACAACCUCGGCUGCACAGGGCAAAUGUCAGGGACGGCUGCAUCCAGGGGCUCCCCAGGGCUGGGGCAAAGUGCUGUGUCCCUUCCACAUAUCCUACCCACUUCUGGCUCCUUCUGUGUUCUUUCAGUGAUGUUUUGAGAUAGACGUUUCUUCCUAUGGACUCUUUCACCAGAAAGUUGGACAAUCUAUAUUUUAGGUUACUAGGAGGCGCUAUGAGCGCUUACAAUGCAUUGGACCAGAACACAUGCUGGGUCUCCUGACCUUUCCAUCUCUCUCUCUCUCUCUCUCUCACACUCACUGUCUCUGAGUAUCCAGGGAAAGAGAAGUCUCUGGCCCUGGAAGGUGACAUCCAUAGUUGUGCACAGGGCACGCCGACUCCAAGAGCCUGCCUGGAGAACACUGAGUCUAUAGAUGCUGACCCUUUCAUGUGGUCCAGUGCAUCUCAGAAGCCAACUCUCCUCUCUAGCUGCGGCCCAUCCACGGGCCCACAGGGGCCACUGCAGUUUGAACUUGACUUGCAGUGUUGUUUGCUUAACUUGCUGCAUUGACAGCCUCAUUCUGGGCUGCAGAGGACACUGAUCUGAAGGCGAGUGAGAGAGGCAGAAUUUAGCAAGUGUAGAAAUAUCUGAUUUCUCUUCUAGAGAAGCUCCAUCCACAGGGACCCACGCUGUCUUCUGAAGAUCUGUAGUAGACACCUGUGCUUUGGGAACAAGCAGAGCUCCUACCGGCUUGCCCAAUGCAGCCACAGCAACUGCAAAACAGGCACUGCAGGAAAAUUACUCUUUGCCCUGAAUUUCCUCGUGUAUUGAGAUAGAAACAACAACAAAAAAAACUUAACUGUACUCUUUUUUUCAAAAUUAGGUAAGGUUAUUCAGCUUGCAAUGUGUUUUCUUUAUAUUUUCUUCAUCUUCCUGAUUACAGAACAC